UGCUUGGUCCAGUGUAGAUUUGCACAUCUGCCUCUUGGAGUCAAAAAGAAACAGUUUUAUAGUAGUGAUGGAUUUUGAUAAUACAUCAAUAAUGGUCUCAAGCCAAAAUGAAUUUCAAGAUAUAGAAUUUACCAAGGUAACUCGUCUUUUUGAUAAUAUGAAUGGCAACAUUUGUAAUACUUCCAGAAAUAGACCAUAUUUGAAAGGCAUUGUUGUCCUUCAUGAAAAUAUGUUUCUCAACACUGAUAAAGGAAUAAUUAAUAUAGUAAAUCUUAGAAACGAUGCUAAAAGUGAUCCAGUUAAGUCUGUUGUGUUGGAAAGUUGUGUAAAAUAUUUUGCUGUACCAACAUUCAAAAGUUUGGAGCUUGACACUUUAGUAGCUGUUGAUGUGCACUCUAAUGUUAAUAUCUUCAAAAAAGAAGUAUACAAAGAUAAAGAACCAGUUGAGUUUAAGCCACUAGUAAACAGUGAAGGACAAAGUAUUUGUGAAUACCUAAUCUCUUCUGGCUCUUGUGAAGUUUUGAGUACUGCAGUUGGGGGGAUGACAUCUGAACACCUUUUGUCUCUUGUGCUUUACCAACCAGCCAAUAGUGUUGACAAUGAAUUCUGGAUUGUAAAGUAUCAAGGAGAUACAGAACAAUGGGAGGUGAUCAAUAGAAUUCCAAACAAACUGUGCCCAAGUUCUGUGAGUGACAACUAUGAGAUUGUUACGUACAAUUCAACCAAAGAUUGUAAUAUUACAGUUAUUCUAAAGGGAAUUAGCUUCACUGCACUUCCUGCCCUACAUAUAUAUUUGUAUGGAACUCAUUUCAUUCACAGUAUCGAUGCAGGUAAGACUCUCUUCGUCCUGACAGAUUUUUACUCAAAAACAUUGAUCAGUGUCUUGACUUUUUCUUCUGAAGGCUACCUAGGAUUUAUAACUGAAGACAGUCAGUUAUGGUUUGGGUUUAUUGGAGAGCCAUAUUUGAAGCGUCUUCAGCCAUCUCCAGGCUGGGAACUUUUUGUUACCAUGAAAAUGAAAGGAAGAUAUUUUGUUAACUUUAUAAUUGACUGUAGCAUUACUGGCCAGCUAUACAAGGUUGACAUUUAUACGAAUGAGAGCAAUGAUGUGUCUCUGAACAGAUACAUUUUUCCCGUGGGAAGAGUGCUAAUGCAUCAAAUGUUCGUCGAUGACUUUCAUUUAUGGAGUAGCAUACCAGACUACAGUCUUACAGUGGCUUCCAAUAAAAGUGAAGAAGAUGAUGCCAAAUAUGGUCAAAAUGGAAAACCAUGCUCAGAAACCCAUGUUGUCACUUUCCCAGUAAAAUGUCUUUACAGCAAAAUUUAUUUUGAAGUGGAUUACCUAAAUGUUUAUACAAGGAUGUCUGAUUACACCUUCAGUCUACCUGUGACUCGAACAGAGAGUAAUUUUCAUGAUGAGAAUUCCCUGUUAAAGUACCAAAAACAAGUACAGCAGCUUCUUGAAGAAAAGUCUAAAAACAUGUUAGAGACUAAUUAUGCUGGACUCUUCCCAGACAUCUUUAAGGAAAAACAGAAAGAACUAACUAACUACAAGAUUGAAGUUCCACAAAACAUCAUUGAUAUAUCUCACCGAUAUUGUGGUUUUGAGAUGGCUGUGUUUAAGGCCUGUUUUCCAGAUGAAUUAAAAAUGUUAUUGCUAGUGCACUUGAUAGUAUUUAACUCUAACAAACAUUGUUGA